AUGGCAGUAGUUGCUAGCAGGAAUCUCGAGAACAUGAUGUCCGAGAAUUCCCGAAUUGACAUCAAUAAAGCAGAUGCUGGAGCGAGUGGAGGGAAAGAGAAUGGAAGAGAUAAAGGCGGGGAAGACGAUCCGCCCCAGCGUGAGGAGAGCAGUAGUGCCUCCAGUGGAAGUGGACUUCCUCAUAGCAAUCAAAGUGAAAGCAAAAUUGCUUCGAAGUCAGAUAUGGAUGCUACUCACAAGAACGACCCUGAUCACAUGAACUGGAAAUCUGACGCUCCAGAAUUUGUGGAUCAUAAUGGUCAGCCUAUGAAAAGUGAUGAAAAGGACCCUGAAAAUUCAUCUGGUGAUUCAUCAGGAGAUGAGAACGAAGACAACGAGGAGGAAAGAAGGAAAGAAAAGGCAGAGAGAGAGAGAUUUCUUGCUCAAGGUAGAGAAGAAAACCGCAAGAUACGACAUGGUGAAUCCAAUACCUCGCGACCUCCAUCUAUCGAAAGACACUGGCGCCAGCUAUACAUAACUGUCAAGACUUGGUGGAGAGAUCAUGGAAAGGCCUUGAAUCCUUCCCAGAAAACAUCAAUUGAGAAAAUUCAGGGCCGAAUCGAGAAAGAAUGCGAGAGCAUUGUUAAGGAGAACUACAGUGAUGCUGGGGACAUUGACCGGGAGAAGAAGAAACUGUUCCAGGAGUACAAGUUUCCAGUCGAGACAUUACACGGUUUGAUCAGCACAGCUGCUGCCGCCCUUUCUACUGUGCAGAAAAUGGAGACGAACGGGACUAAGGAAGACAAAGAAUCACUUAAUGAAGAGCAAAAUUCGCUAGUAAAAGGCGUUGCGGUCAUCACGGAGACUUUGAAAAAAUACCAGAUUCCAGCCCAAUGCGUAGUUACUAAUCUCGCCCUAGAGAUGUUCGACACUAUCGUGAAUAAAAGCGAAGCAACACGCGCACAAUAUGCGGAAACUCUUUCAGAAUUGAACAAACCUACUGCUGAGCAGGAGGAGGCGUGGACAGUAGCGAUACCACAUAUGGAGAAGGCCCUCCAAUUGAUGAGAAAAGACGACCAUACUUCUGAUGGGGAAAAACAGCUUCAGACUCAAAUUCGUUUCAUAGAGUCCAAAAAUAAGGUUCUGGAAACCCAUAAUGAGGAAUUGGAGAUCAAGACUACGACAAAUAGCCUACCAAUAGCUCUCUUACAAAGGAUGCAACAACAAUGGAUAGAUGGCCAGGAGAGAGAACUAGCUGAGAACUGGACCAAUCUUACCAAAACACUCGCAACACAGACCCUUGCGAAAGACCUUCACCAAAAGUUGCUUACACAGGGGGAAGACAAGAUGAAAGAGGAGAAGAGUCCUAGCCCUCCAAGCCCUCCUGAACGCUCUGUAGCUGAUUCUAGUGAAGGUGGCUCUCUGUCUGCGGGAGUUUCAGAAACUUCCAAGAGCAGCAGCGGCCCAGCGAGAACAAAACCAAAAAAGCCUGUCGAGAAAGACUACCUUUCUAUGCAACUCAGCGAACUAGAUGUCAUCACGAUGCCUGAUUAUAGCGAUGGGAAGACAGAGUUUGGAAAGUUAGUCGCUGUCAGACCGUGUCAGACUGGCAACCCAAGAUUCAGCCGAUUCAUCCUCCACGCUGGCACUGAAAACUUGGAACAUUACCGGGUCGUUCGAGGAAGCGACUUAGGUCCUGGCGGUGCGGAGACACUCGAAAGCUACGAACCUGAACGUACCCAUCAAGCUUUCAAUCUCCGUAAUAGGAAAAGUGAAAUGAAGGAGAACAAAAUUGCGGCAAUUGGUCCAUGUGUGGUAAUGUCUCGAGGAGAGAAUUAUAAACCGGGACCCAAGUCGCGUCGACCAGACGCUUAUGUAAAGGUCGAGUACGCAGACAAGACUGUCGACUGGGUAACGAGAACAGAAUUUAUUCAAUUGACUGGCAAAAAGUUUGCAGAUAGAACUCUAGUAACGUUGGAAAGCAAGUACAAAGAGAAGGCGAGAUACCUGGAAGCACACAGGCAAGCACGAAUGCAUCCAGACACGAAAAAACCAUUACAGCCUGAGGACCAGCAAGAUAAGCCAUGGCUUUUCCCAGACGACGAUCUCUUGGUGGGCAAGGUAACCGGAAGUGAAGACGACAAAGAAGAUGCCGACAUGGGAUUGAAUGGCAUUCAAAUCAACGCGUGA